ACAGUUCAGCUUUUCUCCCUCGCGCGAAGCAGAUUACAGAGGGUGAACUUCAACGACCAAUCAGUGGAAGAGAAUAGCAAUUCAAAGGAAGAGAUGGAGCCAAAUGUGAAGGGUGAGGAAUCAGUAGUAGGAUACAAUAGCAGUAAUGUAAAGAAGGCACGAUUACAGUCGAUGCUUUCGGCCCUCCUCAAUGACCCCACACUGGCUGAUGUUCCAAAGAAACCCACCCUCGCUGAUGUGGACACCUUGAUGAACUUGGAAUUAGGCAGUGCUAUGAGAAUUUCCAUUGUUAAAAUGGAUAAUACUACAUUCGAUGUUGCAGUGUUGAAUUCGGCAACUGUUAAGGAUUUGAAAUUGGCAAUCAAAAUGAAAACAAAUGAUAUGGAACAGUCUCAGUUGGGACAUCGUCACAUUUCAUGGAGGCAUAUUUGGGCUAACUACUGUCUUUCCCACAAUAAUGAGAAGCUCAUUGAUGAUAAUGCUCUACUUCAGGAUUUUGGCAUACGCAAUAACUCUCAGGUACACUUUAUUUCCUUUAUCAUGUCAAGGGUAUAUCGAAAACACACUCGGAGGAGAAAACAUCGCUUCUUUCAUGGUCGCAAAUGAUACAUAUUCACCAUCCAGCUUGUUUUAGUGAGGUGUUACUUAUUGACCCAUAGCUAUGUACAUAAUGGAUGCUCUUCUUAUGAAUG